AUGCGGCUUAUUCUCCUCCUGCAACUGAUAUUUCUGGGCAAAUCCCAACUGAACAAUGUCCAUUAUGCUUUUUCGUAUUCCGAAACACACGAAACACAGGCCGAACACAUCAGUGUGGGCGUCGACAUAACCAAUCUCAACCAAUCUUCUGUUCUCUAUCGAUUCGUCCUGCUGACAUGGACCAGCCGACUUACAUAUUUUGUUGAUGGAGAGAAGUGAUUUUCCGCUACUGAAUCCGGUAUUUCUUGAAUAUUUUAGUUGUUUAACCGAAACAGAGCCUUGUGACCGACUGCUUUUCAUCAACAGGACAUUUGUUAACGUGACAGUUCAUCAAGGAGGAAAGGUAAUUUACAGAUGACAGGUUAGAAAGACUCAAAAAUUUUUUUUCCUGAACUAAGUAGAAUUUGUAAUACUAUAAAGCUCACAAAGUUCAAGAGGAAAAAAUCGAUUUUUUUUUCAAAGGGAAAGAUUCGCGAAGUCUCGUUGAAAUCGCUCUAACCAUAAGGUUUAUAAUUUUAUCACUUCUCACUGUCGUUCUCUAUAUAAAAAAAGAUAAAAAUCGAUCUCGUGGUCCUCUUAAUAGAACAUCGAUUCCCGCAUGAGAAAAUGUAAAUCAGAUGUGCAAAACAUAAAAUCAUUACAAUUAAAACUUACAUUUUCUUAAAUUUCACUUUUCAACUCCAAAACAUUAAUUUCAAAAAAAUUUCACAUCUUUCAGAUUUUGGACAUAAUAACCUUUCAACACCAAGAAAAUGGACAACUUCCCAAGGUUUUUGUACUCGGAUGCGGCCAGGACAUCUCUUCAAGACACUGUGUUCACGCGAUUCGCGAAACUUUUGCGAUUCCUUCAAACCGAGAAGAAAUCUGCGUUUGUCAAUACACUUUUCCCCAAUGUUCUGACGAGUGCUUCACCCAAGAUGCAUGGUAAUAUAUAAACUAAUCAGUUUACUUUUUCCACUUAGCAUCGACGGAAAGCCUUGGUGGCACACACCAGCCAAUCAAAUUGGGUAUUCAUCUGUGAAAGGAGAUCAAAACGAUCUUUGUCCAGUAGAACCUAUGAGAAGGACUUCUUCUGCCUUUCAGACCACCACUCCGAUCUCAGAAGGUGAAAAUUAGCAAUCAAUGACUCCAGGAGAUAUUUCCGAAGUUGUAUUAGACAAGUCAAAAGCAAAAAACUCGGCUGGAAGUUUGAAAAAAUUUUCGAAGGACCCAGGUUGCAAAGUGUUCGAAGCCACAUGACUUUGAAGCUGAUUGCUCGUAAAAAAGCUAAACAUAAACUCAAUAAAAAUUUUCAGCUUCAACUUCAACAAUUUCGAGUUCAUCCAGCGCAAAGUCAUCGAAAAUUUUAACGACUUCCCCUGUGAUAACAAAGGUUCCUACGUCCAGAGUCGUGUUCGUCAAUCAAAUUCCUUCGAAAACAGCCAUCUUAUCAAGUUUAGAUCAACAGAAACGAGUACAGUCACAACAAUGGCAACUGUCUCGCCGCCCACAUUUCCGUCUUUGAAGAAUUUGAGUGA